AUGGCACCACCAAUCUCCACCUUCCCAGCCUCCGAGCUGCCGAUUGUCUCGCAGACGAACCUGAAAGGCACGAAACGGAAAGGCUUCGACGGGGAUCUGAAGGCGUGUGAGUUGUUGGAGAUGCUGCAGUACGAUUGUAAGAUUGAGGAGCCGGGGCGGAAGAAUAGUCCUGUCAGGUGUUGGCCUAUUGAGAGGUUGUUUCGUCGAUGUCGGGAUCGGGAGGGGAGUUUUUUGGUCGAGACGACGGCUUUGGAGGGAAGAGGAAAAGAGGUUUGA